AAGAUGUUUGUGGCAAUCCUCAACCAAAUGUUCAGUGGAAAAUGUCAAGCGACAGUACAUAUAUGCCAUCCGAAAGUUAUGUUUUGAUAGAAAACAUGACAAGAACUUGUCAUAACACAUUUACAACAAAAGCAUUAACUAGAACAAAAUGCAGUCACAUAAUAGAUUUUCGUGCCUUUGGCAGCAAUGGUAAAGUAAUUGGACAAACGAUGAUCAACAUCAAUUUUACACCAGCAGUUGCAACUGCCAUAGCAUAUUACCAUCAAGAUAAUUGUGUCCAUGUGAAUUGGAAAACAGAGGAUACUGGAAAUUGUAAAGUAACAUAUCAACUCACUUUUAAUACUGGAAAUACGUUUGAAGUAACUGGCAAUACUUUUAAAAUUUGUUCCCAAGAAAUACUAAGAACCACAUCUGUCAACAUCAGAGGGAUAGACAAGAAUCAACGUGGAGAUAAAAGCCAGGAUGUUUUCUCAUCAACUAGACCACCCUGCCCACCACACAAGAUUUAGAUUAAAUAUAUAAAUAUAUUUUGUUCUCCUUUCAACAGAUUGCUUAAAAAGCAACCCAAAACGAUUUCAAAAAACUUUAUCACUACUAAAUUUAUGGUAUAGGGUUUAUAGUGGCACCAUUUAUACUUUCUAGCUUCACCUUGUAUAUUGUUACUUUUAAUACCUAAGAUUUCCCUAGUAAACUUUUCCUAAACCCUAAUAAAUUUUAUGAUCAAGCGAUAAAAAAAUGUUGCCAGUCCGGAAGAAGAAAAGAGUGUACACAACCGUUAGAGCAAGAGUGCUUGCUUAUCUAGAGUUUGCCUUGCUUAAUAAUAUUCAAAUCUUUCCUUAACAGUAGUGUUUCAUUCUAAAGCCUCUGCUCUUUUAAAACCUCUUUUCCUGCCCGAACAAACACAAAAUGCACAUCAAAAUUAUUUUUUCUCAGUAAAAUGUUUGUAUAUAAGCAAUCUACUGCUGUUAAAUAAACUGCCGACCUUCAUUAACAAAACAGACAUACUGUUGCGGCUAUAUUGUUUAUGAGAAUCAAAGCAUCCACUUUGCCUGUCAGAAGCAGAUGAAAGUAGCCUUAUAAUAAUGGCAACAACAAUAAGUAAUGCUUUAAAUCUUCACCCAAGCUAUGAUACACGAAUAUAAUUGCUAAAUACUAGAUAAUUGUGAGUAAAUUUCAGAAGAAAUAUUUAAAACAACAUGUGAGUCAAAUCACGUUCUCAGAACUCUUCUUCUCGUUCUGACAACCUCUUUGUGGUCCGAGAACAUUUAUUCUUUUCCCCAUACUACUUACACGUAUCACAUUAGCUUAAUUAUUAUAUUAUUUACAUGCUUUUUUUCAGCAGAGCUAUUUAAUAAAAACACAAGCUCAGGUUUUGCCGAAAAAUAACAACAAAACAAGAAGCCCUGUGGCUUAAAGAUUUCCGCCAUUAGCUUUAAUCUCAGAAGUAAUCUGGGUGGAAAAAAAUCAUCGAAUAUUCUAAAUUUUUAAAGUUCAAUUCUCCAUUGUUAUUGUAACUUUAAAUCAUGGGUAACUUAAAUUACAUACAUUUCUUUUUGCUAUAAAAACAAUUUUAUAAGAGCAAAAAUAAGGCUAAAAGUUAUUGAAUAAUAACAAUGAAAUAACAACAAUGACAAGACUGACAUUUAUCGAUUUUCUCUUUCUCUCUCAAAAAAAGAUGAGAGAUAUUUUUGAAUGCAGACAUUUUCGCAGAAUCAAUUGGUAGAAUUCAGGUCUCAAAAAUUUGUAAUAUACUCUAAAGUUCCAGGCUUAACAAGUAAAAAGCUAAGAACAUAUAGCCAAAUUUUCUGACUCUUAUAAAAGUGUAUAAACAAUACAACUGAAUAAAUAAAACAUCAAAAUCACAGAUUUUGUAGAGAGUAAUAUUUCUUUUAAAAAAUAAAUUUUUUAACUCAAUACCUUCGAAAUUCUGGAUAAAAGACUUGUUAUGUAAAAUUGCCGAUUUGAGUAUAAUAACUUCUGAAAUCACUAAGUAUAUAGUUCAAUAUUUCAUUUGUUUAGCAAUUAGCAUUGGAAUGUUUCAGUAUCUAGGCGUUUAAAACUUUACUCUAUCGCUCAAUAUUUUUUUAAAAUGUUUAUUGUCGAUGUUUUGAUAACGUCUGAUCUGAAAAAGAGAAUAUUUGGAUAAUGAGGCGCAAAAAUACAAUUUCAUUACAAACUGAAUUAAUGACAUGUGGCUAUUCAAUUACUGUCUCUGUAUAAGACAAUGCUUUAGUUAUUGCACCUUCCAAAAACUAAUUGGUUGUGUUUGCAACACAAAGGUGUUAGUGCAGUAUAAAAACAUGUAAAAAAAGAGAAUUUGAGGAGGUUACUUAUAUUUUUUUAUAAGAAACUCAUUUCUAAAGUUCUAAAGCUUAAAUUAUAUUAAUGCGCACGUGCAAUUUAUUUUUUAUUUCGAUGAAAAAGUAAAAGGAAAGUGAAAAUGGUUUCUACUUAAUUUUACGCCUUACCUCUCUCACAUAAUAAAAGGGGGCUUUUUAUGCCAGUCGUAAGCAGCGUUAAUUUUUGCACGGUGAUGGGUAUUACACCAAUUUUCCCAAGGGCGGAAUUAAGGCCGGCGUGAAGAGGGUAGACGAAGAAAGGGUCAGGUAGUUGAGUGGAUGAUCGAACAUUUUGGAAAAUAUGCACCUUUUUUUUCUGAUCGAGCGAACCUAUUUAAGUCGCUCAAAAGGACGUUAACAAAUUUUUUGAGUCACGCCUUAACUCUUUAGAGACAUUUUUACAUAUAUACUAUAUACUUUAACCAAAAAAAUGAAAAAAUGAAUGCUGAGUAAACAGAAAACAGCAAGAAAAAAUCAACUUAGCGGUUAGCCUAUAUAGUAACAGUAGAAAAACUUUUCUAGAAAAUCAGCUAGCAACUCGGCGAGUAACUCUUCCAAUAGCCUGCAUACCAUCAACUUUGAAGCAUCUGGGCUGUCUCUACCUAUCUUUCUGUCUCCCAAGCCGAUUUUGAAGAUUCUGCCUUCGCCGGGGGAAAUUAAUAAGAACGACUUUAUGCUUAAUUCUUUAUAACUAAGCAAAACAGAAUUAAGUAAAACUUGAUACUUGUGUAUUUGGUAGAAGCUUGUGCUUUGUUUCACUUGUUAAUUUAGGUGGACCUGACGUAUGUGGGAUCUCUCUAAAGUCAAGUUACAUUGUCAAUGAAGGAAAAGAAUUAUCUUUCCUAAGCGAGAACUCACAGCUCUCUUACUCGUAAACAUUGUGGAACAAAGAUUAUUUUCAAUGCUAAUGGUGCGAAUGAAAUGAUUACAGGAGAAGCAGUAAUUAGUGUAACAUGUAAUGUCUACUUUGAAAAUUAUUUCUUAUCUUCGUUUGACAUCACAGUUUGAAAUGUAGUUAAUGCUUUUAGUUUGGCCUCGAAAAAUCCGGAAAGUAAUCUUUUACAGAGAUAAUGAUUGUGUAAAUGGUACAUGGACAAGUGAAGCAACUGGAAAUUGUGCACUGACUUACCAUAUUCAUUUUG